AUGAGUGAGAAAGAUGUUCCCAAGACACAAACAAGUUCUGACUCAGACUCGCUAUCAUUUCUUAGUUUUAAGGAAAAGGACCGAACAACGACAAAUAUGGGUCUAGUGGACCAUUUUACGAAAAUCUUUUUGCACUGCAGAAGAGCAAUGGUUCUUGCUCAUCGUGGUGGCUACUGGACUCUGCUUCAGAACUCCUGUCGGGCCUUUUGGAACUAUUCUCAGGAGCUGCAGAUACUUCUUAAACAAGCACUCGAUCUUUACAAAACAUUUCCUAUUAAUCAAGAUGCUUUCCUCUGUACUUCUGUCUUACCAUUCUAUUUGGGAGCAGAAUUACUUAUUGACAUGUUAAUAGAACUACAAAAUACCAAUUCUAUUAAGAUUAUUGAAGGCAAAGGAGAGUUCAGUGUUCCAAGCUGCUAUGGAAAUAUUAAAAAUGAUAACGGUGGUUCUAGCCUUACUUUUGAGCAUCCUUUAGAUGAUGUGAAUGUAGUUGAUUUGAAAUGGAUCCAUGACUUUGUGUUAAAGUCUCUGGAACUUUUAUAUCAAAUGGAGAAAUGGGAAACAUUAGUAUCUCUGGCCAUUCAGUUCAAUGCAAUUUCACAUGAGAGGUACACAGAACAAGUGACACCAUUACUGGUGUAUGCUCAGCGCCAGCUUCUUCUAAGAAUCCAGACCUUCGAUGGCCCAGAUAGUAGCCAGCAACCUUGUGGAAGGUAUGAGGCCGAUAAUGCAGAGAAGAUAACCUGCCGAAACUUCAUUGGGAAACAGCUCAAGAUUAAUCCUCCAACCAGUAAAGUGACAACUGCAGAAAACUGGGCAGAUGUACUAAGAAAGCUUGUAAUCUCAGAAUACAGCCAUGCCCAAGAGCUUGUCUGCGUGCCUCUGGACGUGACAGCCACUUUGAAAUGUUUUAGAGAGACCUUGGAGAAGUCUAAAUAUCACAACAGAUCUCUCCGGCACAGCAGAAAGUUGCUCUCCUUAUUUCUUGCACAGCCACAAGAUGUUCUCCAAGCCAGCAAUCAAAGAAGUCUGAAAGUCCAGGCACUACAUGAACUUGGAAAUGUACUCAUCUUUGCAGAAAAGAAAAGGGCUGCUUUGAAGUGUUGGUGCCAGGCUCUCGAUGACAUCUUCAGGAAAUCAGACGUGCUACAUACAUGGAAAGAGUUUGGCACUUCACUUACUAAUACCAAUGACAGCUUUUCUCCUCCAGGUUUUAAAGAUUACAGUGAGGAGUUUCUGUCAACAGUUGGCAUUUGGGGAUGUUUGCAAGGAGCAGUCAUAUCAGCAAAGAUAGCGCAAUUUAUUAAGACAUCAAAUGUUGAAAAGAGAAUCAGCUGUUGCAUUUUGUCUGCAUUACUCUAUCAGGGUUUGCUGAGAACAACCCUUCCACAUCCUAAAAUUGAGCGUUGUUAUGCUCAGUAUGAAAUCACUCAGCUUCUUCCAGGCAUUGAGCUCUUCUCAGAUAGAUACCGGGCUGACAUUUGCUCUGUAGUUGCAAGUCUUUACUAUGUUAUACGGGAGCUGCACUUUGCUAAGCAAAAUCUACUUAUUCUGCCUCUCCUUGCAUUAUACCAAUACUUUGUUUCUGGAAUUUGCCAAGACAUAGUCAGAAGCUUAGAAGCAAGACUCCUCAAGGUAGAAGUACUCAUAGACUUAGAAUUAUUUUCUGAAGCCUUUUAUGAGAUGUCUCAGAUUUUACAUGGGAAGAAUAUGCCAUCCACAGUACCUGCUGGCAGUAAACCAACAGGAAAAAUAAAGAUAUUUCAAUCAUUUGACUCAGGAAAGCCUCUUACUAGCAAAGAAAAUUUACAGGCAUUAGAUGAUUUAGUAAAUAAAGGCUUGCCUGUAUUUCUGAUUACAUUUGGCCAACAACAUCUCUUAAGUAAGCUUUGUUUGGUCAGAGCAUACUUUUUAAUAAGUGUGGCCGCAACAAUAAAUUGUAUCUCUGAAAAUACAUCGAAAUCAUUCCAACAAGGACCUGUUUCAGAGAGGAACAAAGCAACUCUCCCAAACAUAAAAGAACUAAUUGUAAAGGAUGACGGUGGCUCACAUACUGAGUUUACAAAAAUUAGAGAUGAUUCCAUACUUAGCACGCUAAAGUUGAUUUUGUUGUCAGAAGCAGAGGAGAAGCUAAGGUACCUUCUAUCAGAGUUGGAGUGUUUAGGUCCCAAGGACCUUUGUCAGUGUCCUGUUGGCGAGUUGGAGACUGUCGUGGAGGCCAGGCUUCUGAUGGCUGCCAUUGCCUUGCAGAAACACCGGGCAGCGUACAGUGCUGCAAUUGUAUUUUCCACACUUAAACUUCUUCAGGAUUCAAAAAUUUUUAAGAAGUUGCUACCUGAUGACACAGAAAAUUCUAUUCCUUCAGGAACUUUGACCACUGAAAAUAAAGAUGUUAAUGAGUUUUUAGAUCCUAUUUCUCUAAAUUCCCGAGAAUAUUUCAACAUCCACCUGUGGUUGAGGUGUCGUUUAGCAUUGGUGACCGCAUUUGUUGCUCAGGUUAAUGGCAUCGGAAUCAUAAAAGAGAACGAUAUGACAGACUGUGGGAGCCUCAUCAGUGAAGUGUGUGUGGAGGCACAGAAUGCAGGUGACGGGGAGCUACAGGCUGAAUUCUUAAUGCAAGCUGUAAUCCUUGGCCUACAAGAAAAACAUUUGAAGGCAGAUAUCAUCACAAAUCUUCAAAAUAUAAUCCAUCUGCUUGAAGGAAAUCAGUUUCUUUCUCCUCGAUCUUCUUUAACACUGGCUAGAAGCUUUCUUUUGCUGGAUGACUUAACAAAAGCGGAAACACUCAGGGAAACCUCUUCUUCAGAAACAGAUCAUUUCAGUUUGUUGGCUCAGGCUCACAACAUUGUUAUUGAGCAGAUGCUAACUUUUGGAGAAACAAUUGGAUUUCCAGUAUCAAGCACUGAAUAUGCAAAUCCAAUUCAACCUUUGAAAAAUAUCUAUCUUCCUCAUGUCAUGUUAUUAGCCAAAAUUAAAAUGAGAAUUGGACAUACCAUGGUCAAGAAAAUAUGUUAUACCGAUAAAACUAAGGACCCGUCAAAGUGGUUACCUGCUCUUCAUCUCUUUGAAAUGGCAUUGACGCUUUGUAAGAUAUCGGCAAUAGAAGAAAAUGAGGUGAAAGCUGAAAUUCUUUUUCAGAAAGGCAAAAUAGAGCGUCAGAUGUUGAUGGACCAGAAAUGUCCCCAUAGUCAACUUGAGAGUUUAUUUGAAGCUAUACAACUAAGCCUGAAAAAUGAUCAAAACUCAGGGUUGAUAAGAGACUCCUACCUAGAAAUGGCCCUAUUAUAUUUUCAUCUGAGAAAGUCAAAGACCAGACUUUCAACAUCACCAUUAACAUUUAAGAAUUCUUCCAGAAGGCCAAGUUCUAUUAAAGAGCCACUGGUACCUACAUUUGAAAUGUACAGUUCAUUGGCCUGGGUUUCAAUAAGGGCAGCUGCACAGGUCAGUGAAGCUGUGCUGGCAAUCAAUCUGCUUAUUGGAAAGAAGAAUUCUAGAAUUGAUAAAGUUAACCAAGUGACAUUACCAAAUAUCCCAGAAUUUGCUGCUGUGGAUCUUUUGUCUUCAUAUACAGAUUAUUUGCUUGGUAUGUUUACAUGGCUUAACAUUUUAUCAAAACCUGUAGACCUUCUGCAGAAGAAAGAUGUCUGUGCACGUAAAGAUUUACGGUUUCAGAAACCGUGUGGAGAGCAGGUCUACCCUGCUCGAUUCAGAAUUGACUCCUUAGCAGUGGGCCAUGGAACAAUCAGAGAACUGAAGGAUUCUGCUGGUCCAGUUUCUUGGACUAGUUCAGAGAGCAAGGUCAAUACUAACUAA